CACGCGUUGUCCCCCUACCCCUUCCUUUCUCCAACUCUUUCCUUCAGCAAAUGCCUUAGCCUCCACCAAAGAAAGCAAACCCUAGCCUCCACCAAUCUUGUCGCCGUCUGUCGGAGUGAGAAACUGCUGCUGCCGCCUCCGUUGCACUCAAGAACUUCCGUCUUCGUGCUAUCGGCGUUCGCUACUUUGAUCUCACCAACCGCUGUUUGCUCUCACGAAUCGCCUGGUCGCCGUCGUCCGCACGCUCAAUAGCUCUCCGUCGUCCGUUGAAGAUGUUGAGGGACUCUUAAGCUUAAAUGAAGCUUCACAUCUUAGGAUUCAUGGAGAAGACAUAUUAGAUGAAGCUCUUCGAUUCACCUUAAAUCCAUUACUCUUAUGAACGUUAUUUUGUUUUUUUUUUUAUUUUUCAAUUUGAUGAUAUCUUUGAUCUUUGUUGCCUAUGUUAGUUGGUGUUUGUUGAUGGCCUGGAGUUUCGAUCUGUUUGUUAGAUGAGUUUAGUUGUGAUAAAUUUUGAUAAUUGUUAUGUUUUGAGAAGGUUUGGUUCAGUAAUUAGGUUGAGCUUGAGUUUAGAUUGUGAUAAGUUUUGAUAAUUGUUAUGUUUUGAGAAGGUUUGGUUUGGUGAUUAGAUUGAGCUUAAUUGUAGAAGAGGUCUUACUACUCAGUUGUAAGAUUGUACAAUAUUAACUUAUUAAAUGAUUAGAAUUGCAUUUUGUUUGAGCAGUGUUGACCUAUUGAAUAGUAUUCAGUGAUUGGAAUUGCAUUUUGUUAUAGAUGGUGAUGAUUUUCUUAUGGAAUGACUAAGUUUGUAUUAGACUACAAGUAUGUGUUAGGCGUUUAUUUAUAAUUUAUUUGUUAUUUUAUUAUUAAACGAUUUUUCUGGUUAAACCACGAUUGAACCGAUUGAACCAAUAAACUAGUAAAUCAGUAACUAAAACGGUUUGAUAACUGGUUCGGUUUUCAGAACUUUGAUAAAAACCAUUGAAAACCGGUUUGAUCCAAGCGGUUUUAUUUGAAAAAACACCUUAAUCUUCAAAGAAGCCCCCUCCAAUUUACUACUCUCAAGUCUUGAUUCACUCACACUCAUGGCAGGGCUGGGUCUCUGGGAUAGAAAGAAAAUGGGUGUGGUUCCCAACUCAAGCCAGAAACCUCUGUUCUGCGUAAAAUGGCCAUGGCACCAAGCUUCAAACACCAACACCUGCAACUUCGACGGUCCAUGGCUCUUCACCUCUCUCCGAAACCUCGGUUCCCUCGCUCUCAAUUUCGCCGCCACUGCCACGUCAUCACAACAAACGAAGGCGAAAAUGGCCACCGGUGAAAUGGCGUUGGAUCAGGCGGAGGCGGAGCAUAGGGCGUUCGCGGCGGCUCUGGCCAGCGGGAAGGAGGCGACGGUGCUCGAGUUCUAUUCUCCAAGGUGCAGGCUCUGCAUCUCAAUGCUCAAAUUCGUCUCCGAAGUUGAGUCCAGGAACUCUCAAUGGCUCAACGUUGUUAUGGCAGAUGCUGAGAAUGAAAAAUGGCUGCCGGAGCUGCUUAAUUAUGAUGUUACGUAUGUUCCUUGCUUUGUGCUUCUUGACAAGAAGGGAAGAGCGCUAGCAAAAACAGGUGUUCCACACAGUCGUUUACAUGUUAUAGCUGGCGUCUCCCAUCUUCUCAAAAUGAAGCGUCCUCAACAAAAUAGUACAUGAUGCGAGGAGUCUCUAUUAUCAUUUAUAUGAAACUAACAUUAUACAACAUUGGCCAGAGAUAAUUGAGACGGGAUUACGGUUUCAGGUGAGAUUUUAUCCCGUUUGUAAGUUUAAUCUUAGUAAGUAAUGUAUAACACAAGCCCAUCAUGUAGUUAUCUUACUUAAAUUUAUUUAGUUAGUUAAAAUUCGAUUACCCUUUUAUGUUAA